AUGGAUUGUGUGAAGAUAUUGGCAGAAUUGAGUGAUGGCAAGCUAUUGCAAGAACGAAGCACACUGAAAGAAUGGACUGCCGAAAUUGCAUUGGGAAGCCCAGAUUUAACAUUUGCCUAUAAUCAAAUAGCCGCCUAUCUGGAGUCGAAACCGCCGUGUAAAUUUGCUGUAUCACCGUGA